GGGCUCAGUCGGAGGAUGGCCGCGGCUGCGGCGGGUGGGUCUCCGGGCCAGUCCCCGGGCCCCGCCGCCCGGGCCGCCCCUCAGGCGCUGCGACGGCGAGGGGAUUCGCGGCGCCGCCAGGCCGCGCUCUUCUUCCUCAACAACAUCUCCCUGGACGGGCGGCCCCCGAGCCUGGGCCCGGGCGGCGAGAAACCCCCGCCGCCGCCGCCGCCCGCCGAGGCCCGCGAGCCGCCCGCGCCGCCGCCGCCACCGCCGCCGCCGCCGCCCGCGCCCCCCGCCGGCCUGCCCCUACCCGGACCGGCGGGCAGGGCCUCGGCGCCCCAGGGCCUGCUCAGCCCCGCGCCCGCGCCCGCCGGCUUGGGCCUCGGCCUGAGCUUGGGUCUGGACGGGCAGCGCCAGAGAAGGCGCGCAGGCUCCCAGCGCUGCUCCCUCGAGUUUCUGGAAGAUACGGUGGGGUGUGCCUCGGUUCAAAGAACCAAACAUAUGUCUGGAUCCCCAAGACACAAAGGCCUGAAGAAGAUGCAUUUCAUCAAGAACAUGAGGCAGUACGACACCAAGAACAGCAGGAUCGUGCUCAUCUGCGCCAAGCGGUCCCUGUGUGCAGCCUUCUCGGUCCUGCCCUAUGGAGAAGGCCUGCGUGUCAGUGACCUGAGGGUGGACAGCCAGAAGCAGAGGCAUCCGUCCGGCUGCAUUUCCGUGUCUUCAGAGAUGGUUUUCCAGUUGGAAGGCGUCGAGCUGGGGGCGGAUGGAAAGGUUGUGUCUUACGCCAAGUUCCUGUACCCCACCAACGCCCUGGUCACGCUCAAGCUGGACAGCCACGGCCCGCCGCCUCAGCCCCGGCCCAGCGCCCCCCGCGCUCUGCUGGGGCCCAGAUGCAAACCCGUCCCGCCCAGGGCGGCGCCAGCUGGCUCGGAACUAGGGGCCGACGCGGGGGAUGCCCUGGAGUACAACCCCGACCUCCUGGAUGACCCUCAGUGGCCCUGCGGCAAGCACAAGCGCGUCCUCAUCUUCGCGUCCUACAUGACCACGGUGAUAGAGUACGUGAAGCCCUCCGACCUCAAGAAGGACAUGAACGAGACCUUCCGGGAGAAGUUCCCGCACAUCAAGCUGACGCUGAGCAAAAUUAGGAGUUUGAAACGAGAGAUGCGGAACUUGUCUGAGGAGUGUGGUCUGGAGCCCGUGACAGUGUCCAUGGCCUACGUGUACUUCGAGAAGCUGGUCCUGCAGGGCAAGCUCAACAAGCAGAACCGCAAGCUGUGCGCGGGCGCCUGCGUGCUGCUGGCCGCCAAGAUCAGCAGCGAUCUCCGCAAGAAUGACGUGAAGCAGCUCAUCGACAAGUUAGAAGAAAAGUUUCGGUUCAACAGACGGGAUCUAAUUGGGUUUGAGUUCACGGUGCUCGUGGCCCUGGAACUUGCUCUCUACCUUCCCGAGAACCAAGUGUUACCUCAUUACAGACGCCUCACGCAGCGGUUCUAGCC